GGGCGAUUAGCGCUUCUCAUUGGUCCCCGGGAGCAGACGGAGGAGCCCUAAUGAGGCGCUCGCGGUGCACGGGAGCAGCGCGUGGACAUCUCGGCCGGGCCGCUGACGUGAAGCCGGCUGCUGCUGCUGCUGCUCCUCCUCCGCUCCUCCCCAGUCAGCACAGCCGCGGGAGACGGGUCCGUGUGCAGCCUGGGUCUCCUCCACACACACACACCCUCCUCACCACCCCCGCUCCUCCCCCACGCUCCUCCUCGCAGCUUCUUCCUCCUCUCCGUGACUUUCUUUUUUUUUUUUUUUUUUCCUCUCUCCCCCGACUGCAUGUUCAGCCACACUGCUCCCUCCGCAUCUUCACGCAGCCCGGGCGACCAUGGACAGCAGGGUCCUCGAGCAUCCUCACGCCCAGUUCGCGGGCUCCUUGGGCGGGCUGGUGGGCUUCCCGUACGCGCUCGGUCCUCCACACCACCACCACCACCACCACCACCAGCACCUCUACGAGCUGGCCAACGGACACCAGCUGCAGUCGGCCGCCGCUCCCUUCUCCAUAGACGGAUUACUUAACGGCUCGUGCUCGGCCUCGGUGGUCGGCUCCAGCGCGCUGCUGUCGCCCGACAGCCAGUUCAAACUCUCAGAUUCGGGGGACCCGGAUAAGGACAGUCCCGGUUGUAAAAGGAGACGGACGCGGACGAAUUUCACCGGGUGGCAGCUGGAGGAGCUCGAGAAGGCUUUCAACGAGAGUCACUAUCCAGAUGUGUUCAUGCGGGAGGCGCUCGCGCUCAGGCUCGACCUCGUGGAAUCCAGGGUUCAGGUUUGGUUCCAAAACCGCCGUGCAAAGUGGCGAAAGAAGGAGAACACCAAGAAGGGCCCGGGCCGGCCUGCCCACAACUCUCACCCGACCACGUGCAGCGGCGAGCCCAUGGACCCCGAGGAGAUCGCGCGGCGCGACCGCGAGCGGGCCGAGAAGAAGAAGCGGAAGCAGGAGCGGAAGCUGCUGAAGUCGCAGAACAGGCUCCUCGCCGGCGACAGCUUCCACACGCCCGGCGGCUCCGAGAGCGACAGCGGCGUCUCGCAGUUCACCGACAGCGAGCAGCAGCCGUCCGCCAUUCACGUGGAGCUGCCGGCGACGAAGGGCGCCGGGUCGCACCAACCACCCGAAGCCGGCUGCGACCAAACGCGGCACGACUUCGGCCCGCUGCAGAGCCAGCAAAACCAAAGAACGGCGGGAGAGGCGGAGCCGGCCUCUCCGGGCAGCCCCGGGGGCCCGCGGUCCUCCGCCCUGCAGAAACGCAACCCCUUCAGCGUGGAGAGCCUCCUCGCCGACGCCGCGCCUCGACGGAAGCCUCUGCUGGACUUCCCGUCGUUGCCCAGUCAGAGGACACUGCUGGGCAAAGGUCACUUCUUGCUUUACCCGAUUACCCAUCAGCCCCUGGGCUUCCUCGUGCCCCAAGCGGCCCUGAAGGCCUCGCCCUGCCAGGACGGCGCGCACAGGCUCGGCCUCGGACAGAGGUGCGCGGCGAGCGGCGGGAGCCUGGCGCCCUGCGACCUCUCCGGCUUCGCGGCCAAGCCCUCGGACCUCGCCGAGCGCCAGCGCCAUCACAUUAGCAAUAGAGCGGACGGGGACACGGACGCGGAGGAGUGCGCCGGCGACUGCGGCAGCGGCGGGCUCGCUGGCUCCCCACCGGCGAGCGGGCGGAGCUCGGCGCCGUCCGGCGACGAGGCGGGCUCGGGCGCGAGAGAGGAGCGAGCGUCUCCGUGCCCCUCCGAGUGUCUCGAGGCAAACACAGACUGUCAAGAAACACCCGGAACAGAUGGAGAAGAUGUCGAUAUGGACUAACACCCGCGAGGAGCAAACACAAACAAAGCACCAGGAACGCCGCUCAGACUAUUCAAACAUUCCCAAAGCUCUGCUGAGACACUCAAAAAAAAACAUAUCAGGAAUCAGGGGACUUUAAUUCUCAUCUAUUUUUUAAUCAUGAUGUGUGAUCAAUCCAGAUGCCCUCCCCCACCCCCCCAAAAAAAAAAGAAAUGUGAGGCUGUCCUCACAUUCGGGCUUCAGGGCCUGAAACCCUUUAGAAGCAGGUUCUUGUCGACGCUUUUGGUGACCAACUUGUAACAAACAAACUCGGCCGCAAUUAUCACGUCACACACAACGAAGAGCCUCAGAUAUUGUAUAAACGAGAAAAUGAUAUUUAUAUGUGAACCUUUUGAUAAAUAAAGUUAAUGUUUAAAUUGAAA